CAGAAACCGGAAGUUUUCCGAGAGUGGCAGUUCUCCCCUUAUUAGACAUUCUCUGAUGCCAUGCAAACGUGAGUGACUUCCUACACCGCUAGUGGCAGUAGUCAGCUUAAAGUGGAAUCCACCUACCACUAACAAGAUAUGAAACAGAAGUUUGGAUAGUACACAAUGAAAAUCCCCAGAAAUACAAGCACACUCAGAGAGGUAAGAUUAUAGUUUUGAAUACUAUUUUUCAACAGCUGUAACUUUAAAGGUCUUGGAGGUUAUCAUUAUAGCCUAAGGGAUGCCUUCUGUUAACUUAGUCUUUAACGUUAAACCACAAAAGCUAACUAGCUAUGUUUUUAACGUUACGUGCUAACCAGUGGGCACAAUAUUAUGAAGUCGUUUUAAAGAGAAACUGCAUUGUUAGCGUUGUGUUGUCACUGAGUAAUAUUAGCAACGUUACAGAUGACAGAUAAAACGAGAGAAUGAUAUUCCAGUGUCUUGUUUUGGGAAAUACAUUGUAGCGGUCCCAGAACAACGAUGACGCAAACUGUCAAAUCAGUUAGCUUGCUAGCUAGCAUAAGAAUCAGGUCGACUCAUCAAUAGUAGUGUAGUGCUCUGUAAUACUGUCAAUCCAGUAAUUAGUAUUCAGAUCAAUAUAGCUGUCGAUUGUGCACUGCGAUUGUCGAGUAUUUCUAUUAAUCCAACUACUACUUACAUAAUCACAUAACAGGAACUAGCACUACCUACCCAGUUAUCCCUAGUUCGCAUAACGAAAGUACACUAGAAGCUAUUCCGAAAGUACACUGUGUAACCAGACUGUAUGUCCAGAAUGGAUAAUGGAUUUUCCCCCUUUUCUUUUCUUCUUUGAAGGACAUGGACUUCAGGUGUUUUGAGUGUGUUCCUGGAGCAUAGGACAAGGGAAUUACAGAAUUAUCUCAUUUGAGUAUUGUUUUUAUUUAGUUUGUUUAUUUUGGACUAUGGGAAAUUAUAGACCUAUAGCACUGUUCUUAAACUAUGUUUACACAUCAGGUGUUGCAGGGAAGCGUUUUAUUAAGACGCAAUAACAACACAACACAACAACAAUAGCAUCCAUCGUUGUUGAGUAUACAUCAGUGGGUUCUUUUCACCAUAUUCCAUAUUCCUUAGACAAAAUCUUAAACUGACUCACUCUCAUCACUGUGCAAAUUGUUUGCAACCAGUAGGCUAUCAACUUAAUUUCUACCUCAGACUCUCAUCCAUCAGAACUCACUUAGUCUCAGUCAACCAACUGUAGAGCAAAAUGGAAAACCAAGCUCCAACUACUGUUUCGCCCAACUCCUCAUUCAACCCUUAUCCUAUUCAGCCUGCUAUGGCCCCAUCCGUGGAGUUGGGGUUCACCACCCUGUACACCUGCCUAUACGGAAGUCUCUUCAUAAUAGUGUAUAUACAGCUUUGGCUCCUUUUGCGAUACCGCCACAAGCGCUGGAGCUACCAGAGCGGUUUCCUCUUUUUAUGCCUUUUCUGGGCAGCCUUGCGCACCACCCUUUUUUCCUUCUAUUUUUGUAAUGCUUUGGCAGCCAAUCACCUGCCCACCCCAGUCUACUGGCUGCUCUACUGCUGCCCCGUAUGCUUGCAGUUUUUCACCCUAAGUCUCAUCAACCUGUACUUCACACAGCUCGUGCUGAAAGUGAGGGGGAAGUACAGCUACGAGCCAAGCAAAGGACUGUAUGUGGCCCGCUGCGCCUACGGCGGCAUGAGUGCGCUUUUCCUCUGUGUGAACGUGGUGUGCGCCGCCCUCGGAGAGCAGGGAGAGGCUGGCGAUAAGACCUGGAGGCUGGUACUUGUGCGGGUCCUGGUCAAUGACCUGCUCUUCAUCGUGCAGGCCAUCUGUCUGGCUGCCUCUCUGCUUCUCCUGACCCGCCUCUCUCCCUCGACCAGUCUCAACGCGCACAAUAGGGGGACAUCGGUAUGCCAGACUGCUGUACAGGGAGCAGGAGUGAUUUUGUUGUUCUCUAGUAGGGCUUGCUACAAUCUUGCAGUGCUCAUGUUGUCCAAAAAUCACAAGGUGGAAUCCUUUGACUUUGAUUGGUACAACGUCUCAGACCAGGCUGACCUCCGUAGCGAGCUUGGUGAUACGGGGUACCUGGUGUUCGGGGCAAUUCUCUUUAUCUGGGAGCUGCUCCCCACCAGUUUGCUCAUUCUCAUAUUCAGAGUCCGCCAGCCUUCACAGGAAGUGAAUUAUACUCCAGCCAUUAGCAGUCAAGGCCCACGUUCCUACUUCUUUGAUGACCCUCGGAGGAUGGACGACGACACAGGUGGUCCUUGGGGCCUCAAUCACCAUAGCAGCUGGUUUGGCACAAGUGAGACAGCGCCCCUUCUCUUUGCCAAUCCCAACGACCAGACCAACCAGCACCACUCCCUCUACUCCACUCCCCAGAACUGACCAGAGGACACAAAAUACUCUGGGGUUUCCAAGACCUCCGUCAAGGGGGAGUAUUUGCACUCAAAUUCUUCUACUUCUUUGAGACUACUUGCACCUUCACAUUCCAGACCACUAUUUUGUCAAAGACACCUGUGAUUUCUCUUGAUGAGAUGAGGUCAUCUGGGAUCCAGUAGCUCACUGGUCUAUAUUAAAGCUAUAGGGAACCAAAAACUGACAGUUUUACCCUCUCAAAUGUCAGUCAGUCUUAGUUCUUGUGGAUAAAAGGGUAAAUGUCUCUAGAAUGUUUAUCAUUCCUCAGUCAUGAUUUUAGAUGUAUAAACUUAUGUAUUUUUAUUAAUACUUUAACCUGUAAAGAUUGCUCUCUAAAUUAUUUUCCUAUGACCUACACCUUUAAAUAAGUAUUUUAGAUAUAAGAUAUGUUCUUUGAUUCCAGGGGGGAGGGUGUAAAUAAAAGGAUUGAUCAGGCAUAAGGUUGCUGUGUAUUAAUAAUUGUUAAUAUGUGGCUCAAUUUAAAAGGGAACUUGUGAAAGAUGGCAUUAAUAUAUAAAAUACCAUUAAACCA